GUGACAGUUCGAAUGUCAAAUACAAUGAAAUAAUUCAAAUAUAAAAAAAUAAACAGAUUUGAAUAAAUAAAGACAAUUUAAAGGAAAAUGACGAGUUUACGUGCAGAAGAAACGUCGUCGAAAGAAGAGGAGCCUUUCGGUCUGGGUUGUGCCUUAGACUACUUCUCAGACUACGAAGAAGUCCUUCAGAUGAUUGAUAACCUCCAAAGUGUGAUUCAGCUGGAAUCAUCUUCCCCUAGGGAGAAGGCAUAUGAAAAGUUUUCCUUUAUUUUGGGCCAAUAUAUUGAGCAGCCCCAUUUGUUAGACUCUCACAUAGACUCGAUUCUGGAGAAAUUCAUUACUAUUAUCAGAAACAAUGACAGUUCCCUGGAGCUUAAACAUGUUACCUUCAAAUACAUGUUCGUCUUAGUCAAUGUCAGGGGCUACAAAGAUAUAGUUAAACAUUUGCCACAUGAAGUUGCAGAUUUUGAACCGGUAUUAUGUUUCUUAGAGGCACAAAACCCCAAUGAUACAGACACUUGGACGACAAGAUACAUUUUGCUGCUCUGGUUAUCUAUCAUUAUAAUGAUUCCUUUUGACCUCUCUCGCUUUGAUGGCUUCGAUAAAACAGAUGCUUGUAAGAAGCCUAUAAUGGAGAGGGUCCUGGACAUUAUUAAGACUUAUGCAGUUGUUCCUGAUAAAUGUAGAGAUGCUGCAGCAUUUUUAUCAUAUAAGUUUAUUAACAGAAAUGAUGUCAAAGAAAAGCACCUUUCCUCAUUUAUUGAAUGGGUGUUUGACAAAAGCUUAUCGAAAGAUUCAAAUGUAUUUAUCAAAUACGGAACUUUAGCUUGUAUCGCUAUGAUCAUUAAACACGGCAAAAGGGAGGACAUACUGCAACACGCCCCGAAAAUCCUCUCGUGGAUCAUAAACUCGGAGUUUAAGGAGAGUUCUGGCACCAGUGUACAAAAGCUGGUGUACAAAAUCGUUCAAAGAAUAGGUCUGACAUUUUUACCCCCUCGAUUGGCCUCGUGGAGGUACCAAAGAGGGAACCGGUCUUUGGCGGCCAACCUGAGUGCCGCAGCCGGCGAUUUGUCGUCGUACAUCCCCUCUUUUAACAGAUCUGAGGAACAGCCUGAAGAACAAUUCAAUGUACCAGAUGAGGUUGAGGAAGUUAUCGAUCAACUUAUUCAAGGAUUGCGGUGUGCUGAUAGCGUUGUUAGAUGGUCCGCAGCCAAAGGAGUGGGUAGAGUGACCUCGAGACUUCCUAAAGACUUAGCGGAUGAAGUUGUGGGUUCGGUGUUAGAGUUGUUAGGGCCUAGGGAAAACGACGGGGCUUGGCAUGGCGGUUGUAUUGCCUUAGCAGAGCUAGGGCGCAGGGGUCUGCUUUUGCCAGAGAGGUUACCGCAGGUCGUACCGCUGGUUUUAAAAGCGCUGGUUUACGAUGAGCCCAAAGGAUUUUCGUCGGUCGGGUCGCAUAUUAGAGACGCCGCCUGUUACGUGUGCUGGGCCUUUGCUCGGGCCUACGAGCCCCACGAUUUGGCCCCGUACGUUCAAGAUAUCGCAAGCACUCUGUUGAUUGUGACUUGCUUCGAUAAAGAGAUUAACUGCCGCAGGGCGGCAUCGGCGGCCUUUCAAGAGAACGUCGGCCGUCAGGGCACGUUCCCUCACGGAAUCGAAAUCCUCACGACCGCCGACUUCUACGCCGUCAGUGUAAGGAACAACGCGUAUCUGAACAUCAGCGUUUUCAUAGCGCAGUUCCAAGAAUACACUGUUCCCCUUAUCGAUCAUCUGGUGUCCAGAAAAGUGGACCAUUGGGACUGCGCCAUACGGGAGCUCACCUCUAAGGCUUUGCACAACCUUACACCGCAGGCGCCAUCGUACAUGAUUGAAAAAGUGCUGCCCGAGUUGUUCGAAAAAACGCAGAGCAUCGACCUGAACUGUCGUCACGGCUCCGUGUUGGCCAUCGGACAAAUCGUCUUCGCGCUCUCUCGCAUCACCGGGGACGUUGCGUUUCAAUUAAACGACGAUUUAAUGCGAAAAGUCAAAGAUCUGAUUCCGAAGUAUACGUCGAGCAUGUACUUUCGAGGACUGGGCGGGGAGCUGAUGAAGCAAGCCUGCUCUGAUUUUAUCGAGAAAUGUUCUUUGGCGAAGUUACCGUUGCACAACGACGACGUUAUUGAAAAAUGGCUGACGUUAUUGAACGAAUGCCUGUCAUACGAGGUGGCCAACGUGCGUUUAGCCGCAGUCAGUGCCCUACCGUUCCUACUAAACGAAUACAUGACCGGUACAAACAAAACCGAACUAACCAAAUCCAUUAUAAGUCAUUAUGUGUCGGAACUUAACGGCGAAACGAGACAAUCGUCGAGGAUGGGUCACGCCUUAGCUCUAGGAUCGUUACCGAAGCACAUUCUGCAUCCCAAUUUGGAUGUUGUCAUUAGUGCCCUCAUUGGGGCCUCUACCAUAACCGCUGCGACGAUCAAAUGGGCCGAAAGCAGACGAGACGCCGUUAAAGCCUUGACUUCGGUGGUGACUACGAUGUCUGACGAAAUCGGAAAAGAUUUCCAUGAAAACUACAUCGCUCAGUUUUACUCGACCUUAUUCGAGGGGUUGAAAGACUAUUCCGAAGACAAACGGGGUGAUAUUGGAGCGUGGGUUAGAGAAGCUUGCGUUACUGGUCUUCAGGUGUUAACAUUGCUCUUAACCGAGAAAAUGCCUCAAAUCCUAACCUCCGAACUGAUGAACAAAAUCCUGUCGAAUGUAGCUCAACAGGCCGUGGAGAAGAUCGAUCGAACGAGAGCUCUUGCCGGCAAGGUUUUCUUUAGUUUCAUUUACAAUAAUCCACGUGUACCAAACAUUGAAUACCAUGACCAACUGUCUCUCAUAUUCCCGAAAGAAGAGUGCGGCAUCCUCAAUUGGAACUCGGGCGGUUCGACUUUUCCGAAGUUCGUGCAACUGCUGCGAUUUUCCCCUUUCACGUAUCACGUCCUGCUCGGUCUUGUGUGCAGCGUGGGCGGUUUGACUGAAUCCUUAGUUAAAAAGUCCGGGGCCUCGUUAUUUACAUACUUAAAAGAAGAGGAAAAGUCUAAGGGGCUAAAAGAAAUUAAACGGAUAUGCGAAACCGUUCAUACAAUUUUCGUUGAUCAUCAAAAGUGCGAUCGGAUUACUGUGCCGAUGUUUAGAUUUUUGGAUAAACUAAUCGACUCUCAGUGUAUUAGCGGCAUCAUUGAAGAUACUGGCGACGACUUUACUAAAAGAAUAUUAAAACUUGUGCAGAUGGAGAUCGCUGGAUGCAGGGAUAUUUACAAGUUAAUGGACGGGAUAAGCCUAAUGUGCCAGUUUAUACAGGUUCCAGGCGAAGUGAGUCAGACCGCCUUGGUGCAAUUGAGCAUCCUGCUCUGCCAUAGGCAGACUUACGUGAGGCGUUCGACCGCAUCCCGGCUGUACGAGUCCCUGUUGGUUAACGGCGAUUGUAGCGGGAUUCCGACAGAUAAUCUUGACGAAAUCAUGCAGAUAUUGAGCGAUACUAAUUGGGAAUGCGCGGUCGAGGAAGUACGACCCGUCAGGAACAAACUGUGCCAGUUGAUGGGGGUCAGAGUUCCGACGCAAGUUAAAAAGAAAACAUAAGAUGAUAAGAGUUUUUUUUUGCUGUAUCACCCGUAUGUUUGACUGGCUGCAAGUUUAUUUGAUUAAAAAAAAAACUAAUAUUGUGA